UCCGGCGCUGAGGCGGCUACCGGGAGGCAGGCGGCGCGGAGCUCGCCCUGGCGCUGUCCAACAUGGAGGAGCGGCCGGCCGCGGGCGUCGCCUGCGGACCGCGCUGAGCCCGCGCUCAUCCCCCCCGCGCACCGGGCAGCCGAGAGGGCCCCGAGCCUCCCGGGCUGGGCAGCCUGCACGCUUCGGGGCGGACCCCGGCUGGCGGGGCUCGGGCGGCCGCGGGCUUCUGCACCGGGACGUGUCCCGCCGAGAGCCAUGGGCAACGAGGCGAGCUUGGAAGGGGAAGGGCUCCCCGAAGGUCUGGCGGCGGCCGCAGGCGGGGCUGGCGGCUCGGGGAGCGCCCUGCACCCCGGAAUCCCAGCCGGCAUGGAGGCGGACCUGAGCCAGCUGAGCGAGGAGGAGAGGAGACAGAUCGCUGCUGUCAUGUCAAGGGCGCAGGGGCUGCCCAAGGGAAGCGUCCCCGCGGCCGCUGCGGAGUCGCCUUCUAUGCACAGGAAACAAGAGUUGGAUAGUAGUCAGUCUCCCAAGCAACCCGGAAAGCCCCCGGACCCUGGGCGUCCCGCUCAGCCUGGACUCAGUAAAAGCAGAACUACAGAUACAUUUAGGUCGGAGCAGAAGUUGCCUGGAAGGAGUCCAUCCACUAUUAGCUUGAAAGAAUCAAAGUCCAGAACUGAUUUUAAGGAAGAGUAUAAGCCUAGUUUGAUGCCUGGUUUCUUCUCAGACGUUAACCCUUUAAGUGCUGUCUCCUCUGUAGUAAAUAAAUUCAACCCUUUUGAUUUGAUAUCGGACUCUGAGGCAUCCCAGGAGGAAACAACACGGAAACAAAAAGUUGUUCAGAAGGACCAGGGGAAAUCGGAAGGAAUCACAAAACCUCCCUUACAACAGCCCUCACCCAAGUCGGUUCCGAAACAGCAAGGGCCAGUGAAGGAAGGGUUACAGCAUGACCCCUCUCCCAAGUCAGCAUCUUCCCAACAAGCAGAAAAAAUAAAACCACAAGCCCCCAGCACAGGAAAGCCUUCCCAGGCAUCUUCCCAGCCUCCACAGACGGACCAGACAAAGCUGCCUAUUGAAAGAGACGCAGCCAGGCCUCAGACUAAACCUUCAGAACCAGGAAAGCCUUCCCAGCAGAGCCCAGCCAAAACACCAGCUCAGCAAGCAAGUCCUGGGAAAUCUGCAGCCCAACAACCCGGACCUACAAAGGCCACAGUCCAGCAGUCAGGGCCAACAAAGUCCCCAGCUCAACCUGCAGGGACAGUGAAGGCCCCAGUGCAACCUCCAGUGACAUCCAAGCCGUCAGUGCAGCAGGCUGGAGUCGAGAAGACUUCAUCUCAGCAGCCCGGGCCAAAGCCUUUAACUCAAACUCCUGGUCUUGGAAAGAUUCCACCAGGACCGGUAAAGUCCCCGGCUCAGCAGCCAGGAACAACAAAACUCCCAGCUCAACAAACUGGCCCACAGCCUCCAGCUAAGGUACCUGGGCCUACAAAGACUCCUCCAACUCAGCAAUCUGGACCUGGGAAGACACCAGCUCAACAGCCAGGCCCAGCAAAGUCUUCACCUCAGCAACCUGUUCCAGCAAAGCCUCAGCCUCAGCCUCAGCAGCCUACCCCAGUGAAACCCCAGCCUCAGCAGCCAGCUCCUACAAAGCCUCCACAACAGACCACUCCAGCAAAGCCCCAGCCUCAACAGCCCACCCCAGCAAAACCCCAGCCUCAACAGCUCACCCCAGCAAAACCCCAGCCGCCUCAACAGCCCACCCCAGCAAAACCCCAGCCUCAACAGCCCACGCCAGCAAAGCCCCAGCCUCAACAGCCCACCCCAGCAAAGCCCCAGCCUCAACAGCCCACCCCAGCAAAACCCCAGCCACACCAGCCCACUCCAGCAAAACCCCAGCCUCAACAGCCCACCCCAGGGAAACCCUCAACUCAACAACCCGCUCCAGCGAAACCCUCAGCUCAACAGCCUGUGAAACCGACAAGCCAAACGGUCUCUGGAAGACCUCUACAGCCACCACCGACUUCUGCAGCACAGACUCCAGGACAAGACCUCUCCAAAACCAUCUGCCCCCUUUGCAACACCACUCAACUUCUGUUGCAUAGUCCAGAAAAGGCCAAUUUUAACACAUGCACUGAGUGUCAGACCACCGUCUGUAGCCUCUGUGGUUUUAACCCCAAUCCUCACUUAACCGAGAUCAAAGAGUGGCUUUGUUUAAACUGUCAGAUGCAAAGAGCUCUGGGAGGUGAACUGGCUCCAGUCCCAUCCUCACCCCAGCCCAUCCCGAAGGCUGCCUCUGUACCUCCUGCAGCCGCGGCCAGCAAGCCACCGGUACCAUCACAGCCUGCUUCCCCCAAGAAGGAACCUCCACCCAAACAGGACAGCCCCAAAGCGCCUGAGUCGAAAAAGCCACCGCCGCUAGUGAAGCAGCCAACCCUUCACGGACCUACCCCAGCUACAACCCCAAAGCCUCCAGUGGCAGAGGCCUUACCUGAGCCAGUCCCUCCCAAGGAGCCGUCUGCACCCCUACCUGAACAAGUCAAGGCACCUGUUGCAGAUGUUAAACCAAAGCAGCCCAAGACGGCAGAGCCGCGCCCUGACAUUCAGUCUUCAGCGGCGGCAACAAGGCCUGAUGUUCCGAGCUCUCAGGUGCAGCCACAGGCUCAAGUGCAAACAGCCCCUCCUUUGAAAACGGACUCUGCCAAACCUUCCCACAGUUUCCCACCAACAGGAGAAAAAACCACCCCAUCUGAUUCUAAAGCCAUGCCUAGGCCUGCGUCAGACUCAAAAAUUAUUUCACAUCCGGGGCCCAGUUCUGAGAGCAAGGAUCCAAAACACGUUGAUCCAGCUCCCAGAAAGGAAGAGCCUAAGAAAGCACAAACCAAGAUGAGUCCUAAACCAGAUGCCAAGCCAGUGCCAAAGGGGUCACCGACACCCUCUGGCCCACGACCUACCCCUAGUCAAGCUGCACCCCCAUCUCACCAGCCCGUAAAGCCUCAGGAGCAACCAAGGCGGUUCAGUUUGAAUCUGGGUAGUAUCACGGACGCCCCCAAAUCACAACCCACAACUCCUCAAGAAACGGUGACAGGGAAGCUGUUUGGGUUUGGAGCAUCCAUCUUUAGCCAAGCAUCAAACUUAAUUUCCACAGCAGGCCAGCCCGGACCUCAUCCACAGACUGGGCCGGCGGCCCCAACGAAGCAAGCCCCGACUCCAUCACAGACUCCUGCAGCUCCUAAACCCACAGGUCAGCUUCCACCAGCACCUGCUAAGGUGCCACCUGUGAGGAAGGAAACAAAGGCUCCGGCCACUGAGAGCUUAGAGUCCAAACCCGAGCAAGCUCCAGCAGCGAAGAGGCUAGAAAAAGACAAGAAGCCCCCACCCGGUAAGGUCAGCAAACCUCCACCCGCUGAGCCUGACAAGACCACCAAAUCGGAGCCAACCUGUCCGCUCUGCAAAACUGAACUCAACAUAGGCUCUCAGGAUCCUCCCAACUUCAACACUUGUACAGAGUGCAAGAGUCAAGUGUGCAAUCUCUGUGGAUUUAACCCAACACCCCACUUGACGGAGAUUCAAGAAUGGCUUUGUUUAAAUUGCCAGACGCAGAGAGCAAUUUCAGGACAGCUUGGAGAUACAGGCAAAAUGCCUCCUGUAUCGUCAGGACCCAAGGCAUCUCCUGUGCCUGCCCCUGCCGAACCACCGUCUCAGAAAACACCGAGGGCCCCUGUAAAAGAUAAAAAGAAGGAAGCAGAAGUCAAAACUGAAACUGAAAAACUUAUUCCAGAAAAAGAAACACCAUUAAUUGAGAAAACCCCUGCAACGGUCACCAUAGAUCAAAAACCAGAAGAGAGUAAAGUAGAGAAAGGCAAAAUUUCAGCCUGGAAAGAAAAGAAAUCACCCUCUGAAGAGGAAAAACCACUCCCCGAAGAUAAAACGAGAAAGAAGCCGCUUGACGAAAAGUCGGCACCUGCUGAAGCAAAACCACCCCUUGAAGGAAAGAAGCCAACCCCUGGGGAUAAGGAGUUACCCCCAGAAGUAAAGCCACUGGCCUUGGAGGGGGAAGAGAAACCUGAAAUACUUCAAGCUCAAGCACAAAUUCCUGAAGAGCCCACAGCAGGGGUGGCUGCCAAGGCAGUGGGAGAAGAGGGGCAGCCCAAGGCCAGGACUGAAGAUCUGCCAAGGGACACACCUCAGCCUUUGCCCAAGGAAGGAGGGAGGGAAAGCGGUGCAGAGAAACCGCCACCGGUGGAAGGCAGCGCCAAGUCUGACCUGGUGGGGCCUGGCAAAGACAAACCAGAAAAGGAAGAGGACAAGUCUGACACCUCCAGUUCUCAGCAGCCCAAGAGUCCACAAGGUCUGAGUGACACGGGCUACUCUUCUGAUGGAAUAUCAGGUUCUCUUGGUGAAAUCCCAAGUCUUAUACCAAGCGAUGACAAAGAUUUUCUCAAAGGACUCAAAAAGGACUCUUUCUCACAAGAAAGCAGCCCUUCCAGCCCCUCGGACCUAGCGAAGCUGGAAAGCACAGUACUAUCCAUAUUGGAAGCUCAGGCGAGUACACUGGGUGAUAAAUCAGAAAAGAAAGCACAGCCCCAGAAGGUUUCUCCUGAGCAGCCUCAGGACCAACAAAAGCCUCAGAUCCAGUCUGAAAUGCUGGAUAUUACUAUUUCGGAAGAAGAGGUCAAAGAGAGCCAAGAAAAGAAAGAAAGUUCCAAAAGGGAUAGCCAACAAGGCUUUCCUUCCAGGAAGGACCAUAAAGAAAAGCCUGAUCUGGUUGAUGACCUAAGUCCAAGAAGAGCAUCCUAUGAUUCCGUGGAAGACAGCAGCGAAAGUGAAAACUCCCCUGUUGUACGUCGAAAGCGGAGAACUAGUGUUGGCUCCUCAAGCAGCGAUGAAUAUAAACAGGAAGACAGUCAAGGUUCUGGGGAAGAGGAGGACUUCAUACGAAAACAGAUUCUCGAAAUGAGUGCGGAUGAGGAUGCUUCUGCCUCUGAAGACGAUGAGUUCAUCAGGAGUCAGCUCAAAGAGAUUGGCGGUCUUCCUGAGAGCCAGAAAAGGGAAGAAGCCAAAAGCAAAGGGAAAGGCACAGUGGGGAAGCACAGACGACCGACUCGCAAGAGUACCACUAGCUUUGAUGAUGACGCAGGGAGACGUCAUUCCUGGCAUGACGAAGACGACGAAACAUUUGAUGAAAGUCCUGAGCUCAAAUUCCGAGAAACUAAAAGUCAGGAGAGCGAAGAACUUGUCGUUGCUGGAGGCGGAGGGUUACGUCGCUUUAAGACGAUAGAACUCAACAGCACGACGGCAGAUAAAUACUCCGCGGAAUCCUCUCAGAAAAAAACAACUUUGUAUUUUGACGAAGAGCCAGAAUUAGAAAUGGAAAGCCUGACAGACUCACCUGAGGACAGAUCUAGGGGAGAGGGGUCCUCUAGUCUCCACGCAUCCAGCUUCACUCCUGGCACGUCCCCUACAUCGGUGUCGUCACUUGAUGAGGACAGCGACAGCAGCCCCAGCCACAAGAAAGGUGAAAGCAAACAGCAGCGCAAAGCGCGGCACCGGACACAUGGCCCUCUCUUGCCCACCAUCGAAGAUUCUUCGGAGGAAGAAGAAUUGAGAGAGGAAGAAGAGUUGCUAAAAGAGCAAGAGAAGCAGCGGGAAUUAGAGCAGCAACAAAGGAAGAGCUCUAGUAAGAAAUCAAAGAAAGACAAAGAUGAACUUCGAGCUCAGAGAAGGAGAGAAAGACCCAAGACGCCACCCAGUAAUCUCUCUCCCAUUGAGGAUGCAUCUCCCACAGAAGAAUUGCGCCAGGCGGCAGAAAUGGAGGAGCUCCAUAGGUCCUCUUGUUCAGAAUACUCACCUAGCAUAGAAUCCGACCCGGAAGGAUUUGAAAUAAGCCCUGAGAAAAUAAUAGAAGUUCAGAAAGUUUAUAAAUUGCCCACAGCUGUGUCUUUGUACUCACCCACAGAUGAGCAAUCUGUGAUGCAGAAAGAAGGUGUUCAGAAGGCCCUGAGGAGUGCCGAGGAGAUGUAUGAAGAAAUGAUGCAUAAAACCCAAAAGUACAAAUCUUUCCCAGCUGCAAAUGAGCGAGAUGAAGUGUUUGAAAAAGAGCCGCUGUACGGGGGCAUGCUAAUAGAGGACUACAUUUAUGAAUCUUUAGUAGAGGACACAUACAAUGGAUCUGUAGAUAGCAGCCUGCUCACAAGGCAAGAAGAACAAAAUGGAUUUCUGCAGCAGAGAGGGAGAGAGCAAAAGAUAAGACUCCCCGAACAGAUUUACGAUGAUCCUAUGCAGAAAAUUACAGACCUCCAGAAAGAGUUUUAUGAGUUAGAAAGCUUACAUUCCAUUGUGCCUCAAGAAGACAUAGUUUCGAGCUCGUAUAUCAUUCCAGAAAGCCACGAGAUAGUGGACCUGGGCACCAUGGUAAGUUCUACCAGUGAGGAAAAGAAAUUAUUAGAUGCUGACGCUGCCUAUGAAGAACUUAUGAGGCGGCAACAGAUGCAGGUAACAGAUGGAUCCAGUCGUCCACAGACCACCAUCGGGGAUGACAUGACAGAGUCCACUAUGGAUUUUGACAGGGUGCAAGAUGCAUCCUUGACAUCAAGCAUCCUUUCUGGAGCAUCUCUUACAGACUCAACCAGCAGCGCCACUCUCUCUAUCCCAGAUGUUAAGAUAACCCAACAUUUUUCAACAGAAGAACUUGAAGAUGAAUAUGUAACUGAUUAUACCAGAGAAAUUCAAGAAAUAAUUGCCCAUGAGUCACUGAUAUUGACCUACUCCGAGCCUUCAGAAAGUGCUGCGUCUGUCCCCCCGUCCGACACACCUUCUCUUACGUCAUCGAUUUCUUCAGUCUGCACCACCGACAGCUCCUCACCCGUCGCUCCCCUGGACAGCGUAACCGCUGCUUAUACAGAGCCAGUGGGAGGAAUAACUAAAUUUGAAGACUCUGAGGAAAUUUCUUCCUCGACUUAUUUUCCAGGCAGUGCCAUAGACUACCCAGAAGACAUAGGCGUGUCCUUAGAUCGGACCAUCAUGCCUGAAAGUAGAACUGAUGGUGACCAUGCUGUGAUUUACUUCUCUAGUAUGGCCCCUCCUGUUCCAGAAACUGUAGGACCUAAAGCUGACAGGCCACACGUUGACACCGUGUCCACGGACUUACCUACAUCUGAAAAAGAUCCCAUGAAAGGCAAGACAGAAACUGGGGAUGGAAUUAUUCUAGAGGUUUUGGAUGCUUACAAAGAUAAAAGGGAAGAGUCUGAGGCUGAAUUCGCAAAAAUCAGCUUACCUGAAACUGGGUUGAUCCAAACACCUCCUACCGUAAUAGCCCCUCAGAUGAAAGAGCAGCCUGUAUCUCCAUAUUCUGUAUCUGGAAAGGUCUCGGGUCAGGAAAAGCCCACAUAUAGGUUACCAUCAGCUGGUCCUCCUGUUUCUACCCACCCACCUAAAUCUCAUCCAUUUUUCCGAAGUUCUUCUUUGGACAUAUCAGCCCAGCCACCUCCUCCUCCCCCUCCACCUCCUCCUCCUCCUCCACCUCCUCCUCCUCCUCCUCCUCCUCCUCCACCAUUGCCCCCAGCAACUUCACCUAAGCCAACCAUUUAUCCUAAAAAAAAGUUGGCCGCUGAAGCUCCAGUGACUCCAACGACUAUCGCUACAACCCACGUUGAUGUUGUUACUACCGUGGAGGUCACAGCUGUUCGGAGGAGUAAUGGUCUACCUGCAACCAAAGUAUGUGCCGCUGCACCGCCUCCUGUCCCUCCGAAGCCUGCUUCAAUUCCAACUGGACUUGUGUUUACACAUCGGCCAGAACCGAUCAAACCUCCAAUUGCCCCCAAGCCAGUAGUUCCUCAGAUUCCGGUAACUACACCAAAAACAACAGACACAUGCCCCAAACCAACAGGUCUGUCUUUAACUUCAAGUAUGUCCCUAAAUUUAGUGACAUCAGCAGAUUACAAACUGUCCUCCCCUACCUCUCCACUUUCCCCACACUCUAAUAAAUCCUCACCAAGGUACUCUAAGUCUCUAAUGGAGACAUACGUUGUUAUCACAUUGCCCUCUGAACCUGGGACUCCAACAGAUUCUUCUGCUGCCCAAGCCAUUACCAGUUGGCCCUUGGGAUCACCCCCAAAAGAUCUGGUUUCCCUUGAAACAGUGUUUUCUGUAGUUCCUCCUAUGACAACUACAGAAAUUCCAAGUUCUUCACAGCCAUCCCUGUACGCUCCAGGAGCUUUGGAGACAUUUUCUUCUGCCCCUGUUGUGACACCGUCUCUGUUUCAAGGAGCUCCAACAUCACUUACACAGUUCCUUCCAACAGAAGGAUCAAAAACCCAGGUUUCUGCAACCAGAAGCACAGCCCCCAGCAUCGCUCCCAGAAGUGUUUCCAUACCCAUUCCGCCAGAGCCUCUUGCUCUAGACAGGCGUCCGUACAAGGAAAAUGGAAAGUUGCCACUUACUGGUGAUGCCAUUGAUUUACGUACAAUACCAAAAACAGAAGCUAAGGCAGCUGAAAAAUGUAUGGAUCUUUCUGCCUCUGCAAUGGAGGUGAAUAGGCAGACCACGGCAAAUGAAGUUUAUGGGCGACAAAUUAGCGCCAUCCAGCCUUCUAUCAUAAAUCUCAGCGCGGCUGCCUCUUUAAUAACUCCAGUCAGCCUAGACUCCGAGGCAGUGGCGGUUGUCACAUGCACCGAUACUACAACUUACGCAACAGUCACGGGAAGCCAAGUGAGCGGAGAGCGUGCAGGGGCAGCACCGCUCCAGCUUACCGUAGCGAAACAUACAGAGUCACCCUAUAGGAUAGCAGGCGGCCAGACAUUUCCCACAAUCAGAGAUGAAGCACCAAUCAACUUAUCGCUAGGUCCCUCCACUCAGGCAGUGACAUUGGCGGCUACGAAGCCUGUCACUGUGCCUCCUGUCAGUGUCACCAACGGAUGGACUGACAGCAUCGCAUCUCAGGGGAUCACUGAUGGAGAAGCAGCGGUGGAUCUCAGCACAUCCAAGUCUCAUAGGACUGUUGUAACAAUGGAUAAAUCUACUUCCAAUGUGUUGACCAAAAUUAUAGAAGACGACGAGAAGCCUGUUGAUCUGACCGCGGGAAGAAGGGCUGUGUGCUGUGACAUGGUUUAUAAGUUGCCUUUUGGAAGGAGCUGCACAGCGCAGCAGCCUGCCACUACCCUUCCUGAAGACCGCUUUGGUUACAGGGAUGAUCACUAUCAGUAUGAUAGAUCAGGGCCGUACGGUUACAGAGGGGUAGGUGGAAUGAAACCUUCCAUGUCUGAUACUAAUUUGGCAGAAGCUGGACAUUUUUUCUAUAAAAGUAAGAAUGCUUUUGAUUACUCUGGAGGCGCUGAUGCAGCCGUAGAUCUAACUUCAGGGAGAGUAUCUACAGGUGAGGUAAUGGAUUAUUCAAGCAAGACUACAGGUCCAUACCCAGAAACACGCCAAGUCAUUUCAGGAGUUGGGAUUAGUACCCCACAGUAUUCCACAGCGAGAAUGACUCCUCCUCCAGGACCCCAGUAUGGAGUGGGAAGUGUUUUGAGGUCAUCUAAUGGUGUUGUGUAUUCUUCAGUAGCAACUCCAAUCCCCGCCACGUUUGCUAUCACCACUCAGCCCGGCUCCAUUUUCAGUACCACAGUCAGGGAUUUGUCUGGUAUUCAUACAACAGAUGCACUGACUUCACUAUCAGCCCUGCAUCAAAGCCAGCCAAUGCCUCGGUCGUAUUUCCUAACAACAGGUGCAUCAGAAACAGACAUCUCAGUAAGCGGCGUUGACAUCAAUGCAGGUCUGCAAACGAUGACUAUGGAAACUCUCCCUGCUGAGACAAUGGACUCUGUCCCUGCUUUAACCACAGCAUCUGAAGGGUUCUCUGAGGUGGUAGGAGAGGAAAGCACUCUUUUAAUGGUCUCUGAUGAAGAUAAGCAGCAGCAGCAGCUUGACUUGGAGCGAGAGCUCCUGGAGCUGGAGAAAAUUAAGCAACAGCGCUUUGCUGAGGAGUUGGAGUGGGAACGUCAGGAGAUUCAGAGGUUCCGAGAGCAGGAAAAGAUCAUGGUUCAAAAGAAGCUGGAGGAGCUGCAGUCUAUGAAACAGCACCUCCUAUACCAGCAAGAAGAAGAGCGGCAGGCCCAGUUCAUGAUGAGGCAGGAGACGCUAGCUCAGCAGCAGUUACAGCUUGAGCAGAUUCAGCAGCUGCAACAGCAGCUACACCAGCAGCUUGAGGAGCAGAAGCUCCGCCAGAUCUACCAGUACAACUAUGAUCCCUCCGGAAACGCCUCUCCGCAAACCACCACUGAGCAGGCCAUGUUGGAGGGUCAGUAUGCUGCUCCGGAGGGCAGUCAGUUUUGGGCCACCGAAGAUGCCACCACCACAGCUUCAACUGUGGUGGCCAUUGAAAUACCCCAGAGCCAAGGAUGGUACACUGUUCAAUCCGAUGGGGUGACUCAGUAUAUCGCUCCGCCCGGCAUCCUGAGUACUGUUUCAGAGAUACCUCUGACAGAUGUUGUGGUAAAAGAGGAGAAACAACCAAAAAAGAGAAGUUCCGGGGCUAAAGUUCGGGGGCAGUAUGAAGAGAUGGGGGAAAGUCUGGCAGAUGAUCCGCGGAACUUGAAAAAGAUAGUGGACAGUGGCGUCCAAACAGACGACGAAGAAACCGCGGACCGGAGCUAUGCCAGUAGGAGGAGAAGAACUAAAAAGAGUGUUGAUACCAGCGUCCAGACUGAUGACGAAGAUCAGGAUGAAUGGGAUGUGCCUUCUAGAUCAAGGAGAAAAGCCCGUCCGGGGAAGUACGGAGACAGCACCACAGAGGGUGACAAGACCAAACCCCUCUCCAAAGUCUCCAGUGUAGCAGUUCAGACAGUCGCAGAGAUAUCCGUGCAAACUGAACCGGUGGGAACCAUAAGGACACCUUCCAUACGAGCGCGGGUGGAUGCCAAGGUAGAAAUAAUUAAACACAUUUCAGCACCUGAAAAGACUUACAAAGGGGGCAGUUUAGGAUGUCAAACAGAAACAGAUUCAGACACACAGAGCCCUCCUUAUCUGGGUGCCUCCUCUCCACCCAAAGACAAGAAACGCCCAACACCUUUAGAGAUUGGGUACUCAUCAGCUCACCUUCGGGCAGACACCACAGUCCAGCUGGCUCCUUCCCCACCCAAAUCUCCCAAGGUCCUCUACUCACCCAUCUCCCCACUGUCACCAGGCAAAGCAUUAGAAUCAGCCUUUGUACCUUACGAAAAACCCCUCCCUGAUGACGUAAGUCCACAGAAAGUGCUCCAUCCAGACAUGGCUAAAGUGCCCCCAGCAAGUCCUAAGACAGCCAAGAUGAUGCAGCGUUCUCUGUCUGACCCCAAGCCUCUGAGUCCUACAGCAGACGAGCGUUCCAGGGCUCCUUUUCAGUAUUCCGAGGGCUUCACGACUAAAGGUUCUCAAACCAUGACGGCCUCAGGAACCCAGAAAAAAGUCAAGAGAACACUGCCAAACCCCCCUCCCGAGGAGGCAUCUACGGGAACACAGUCCGCUUACAGUACAAUGGGCACUGCGUCCAGGAGAAGAAUGUGCAGAACUAACACCAUGGCUCGAGCCAAGAUUCUCCAGGACAUAGACCGAGAGCUCGACCUCGUAGAAAGGGAAUCUGCCAAGCUUAGAAAGAAGCAAGCAGAACUUGAUGAAGAAGAAAAGGAGAUUGAUGCCAAGCUACGGUAUUUAGAGAUGGGGAUUAACAGGAGAAAAGAAGCAUUGCUGAAGGAGCGAGAAAAGAGAGAGCGUGCCUACCUGCAGGGGGUAGCCGAGGACCGGGAUUACAUGUCCGACAGUGAGGUCAGCAGCACCAGACCAAGCCGAAUAGAAAGUCAGCACGGCAUUGAGCGGCCGAGGACAGCUCCCCAAACUGAAUUCAGCCAGUUCAUACCACCCCAAACCCAAACGGAAGCUCAACUGGUUCCUCCGACGAGUCCUUACACACAAUACCAGUACUCCUCGCCGGCUCUUCCCACCCAAGCACCCACCCCGUAUACUCAACAAUCUCAUUUUCAACAGCAGACGUUGUACCAUCAGCAAGUCUCACCUUAUCAGACUCAACCAACCUUCCAAGCGGUGGCAACCAUGUCCUUCACACCCCAAGCUCAGCCCACUCCAAGCCCACAACCGUCUUAUCAGUUACCGUCCCAGAUGAUGGUGAUACAGCAGAAGCCUCGGCAAACAACAUUGUAUUUGGAACCCAAGAUAACGUCCAACUAUGAAGUGAUUCGCAACCAGCCCCUGAUGAUUGCUCCUGUUUCGACCGAUAAUACGUACGCUGUUUCCCACCUCGGGAGUAAGUACAAUAGCUUAGAUUUGAGAAUAGGCCUGGAAGAAAGAAGCAGCAUGGUGAGCAGUCCAAUAUCAAGCAUAUCUGCAGACUCCUUCUAUGCAGAUAUGGACCACCACACUUCAAGGAAUUACGUCCUAAUCGAUGACAUUGGAGAGAUUACCAAAGGAACAGCUGCACUAAGCACAGCAUUUAGCCUCCAUGAGAAAGAUCUGUCCAAAACAGACCGUCUCCUUAGAACCACCGAGACCCGCAGGUCUCAGGAAGUGACCGAUUUCCUAGCGCCUUUGCAGACUUCCUCCAGACUGCACAGCUAUGUGAAGGCAGAGGAGGACCCGAUGGAGGAUCCUUAUGAGUUAAAGCUUCUGAAACACCAAAUUAAGCAAGAAUUCCGCAGAGGCACGGAGAGCCUCGAUCACCUUGCUGGUCUUUCACAUUAUUACCAUGCCGACACUAGCUAUAGACAUUUUCCCAAGUCUGAGAAGUAUAGCAUCAGUAGACUCACCCUUGAAAAGCAAGCAGCCAAACAAUUACCAGCAGCCAUACUCUACCAAAAGCAAUCAAAGCAUAAGAAAUCGUUAAUUGACCCUAAAAUGUCGAAGUUUUCACCUAUUCAAGAAAGCAGAGAUCUUGAACCCGACUAUCCAAGUUAUAUGAGUUCUAGCACUUCAUCUAUUGGUGGUAUUUCUUCUAGGGCAAGGCUUCUUCAAGACGAUAUCACAUUUGGUCUCAGAAAAAAUAUUACAGAUCAACAAAAAUUCAUGGGCUCAUCACUUGGGUCAGGACUGGGCACAUUAGGAAAUACCAUCAGGUCAGCUCUUCAGGAUGAAGCAGAUAAACCAUACAGCAGUGGAAGCAGGUCCAGGCCUUCCUCCAGACCUUCUUCUGUCUAUGGGCUUGAUUUAUCAAUCAAGAGGGAUUCUUCCAGCUCAUCGUUGAGACUGAAAGCUCAAGAGGCCGAAGCUCUCGAUGUCUCCUUUGGCCACUCAUCAUCUUCUUCCAGAACUAAGCCCACCAGUUUACCAAUCAGCCAGAGCCGAGGAAGAAUACCAAUUGUGGCUCAGAACUCAGAAGAAGAAAGUCCACUCAGUCCUGUUGGCCAACCAAUGGGAAUGGCCAGGGCUGCCGCUGGACCGCUGCCCCCCAUAUCUGCAGACACCAGGGAUCAGUUUGGAUCAAGUCAUUCACUGCCCGAAGUUCAGCAACACAUGAGAGAAGAGUCACGGACAAGAGGGUAUGACCGUGACAUAGCGUUCAUCAUGGAUGAUUCCCAACACGCUAUGUCUGACAGCGAAGCCUACCACUUGCGUCGGGAGGAAACGGAUUGGUUUGAUAAACCCAGGGAGUCUCGCUUGGAAAAUAGCCAUGGUCUGGACCGGAAAUUGCCAGAAAGAUUGGUUCACUCUAGACCCCUCAGUCAACAUCAAGAGCAGAUUCUGCAAAUGAAUGGCAAGAUGAUGCACUACAUCUUUCCUCAUGCAAGAAUAAAAAUAGCCAGAGACUCCAAGGAUCACACAGUUUCAGGUAAUGGGCUAGGAAUUAGAAUUGUUGGUGGUAAAGAAAUCCCUGGACAUGGUGGAGAAAUUGGAGCCUAUAUUGCUAAGAUUCUUCCCGGUGGAAGUGCAGAACACACGGGAAAACUUAUAGAAGGGAUGCAGGUUUUGGAAUGGAACGGGAUCCCCUUAACCUCUAAGACAUACGAGGAAGUACAGAGCAUCAUUAAUCAGCAGAGUGGGGAAGCAGAAAUAUGUGUAAGACUGGACCUCAAUAUGUUGUCAGAUUCAGAAAACCACCAGCACCUGGAACUGCACGAGCCACCGAAAGUUGUGGACAAGGCAAAGUCCCCAGGGGUUGAUCCCAAGCAGUUGGCGGCGGAGCUGCAGAAGGUCUCACUCCAGCAGUCCCCACUGGUCAUGUCGUCAGUCGUGGAGAAAGGGUCUCAUGCCCAUUCAGGUCCCACGUCAGCAGGAUCCAGCUCUGUUCCCAGCCCUGGGCAGCCAGGGUCGCCCUCCGUGAGCAAGAAAAAGCAUGGAAGCAGCAAGCCUACUGAUGCAGCAAAGGUUGCCUCUCAUCCAAUUACAGGAGAAAUUCAGCUUCAAAUCAACUAUGACCUUGGAAACCUUAUAAUACAUAUUCUUCAAGCAAGAAAUCUUGUCCCUAGAGACAACAAUGGUUACUCUGACCCUUUUGUUAAGGUGUACCUACUUCCGGGGCGAGGUCAAGUCAUGGUUGUCCAGAACGCAAGUGCUGAGUACAAGAGGAGGACUAAAUAUGUCCAGAAGAGUCUUAAUCCUGAAUGGAAUCAAACAGUAAUUUAUAAAAGUAUUUCCAUGGAGCAGCUCAUGAAGAAGACAUUGGAGGUGACAGUUUGGGAUUACGAUAGAUUCUCUUCCAACGACUUCCUUGGAGAGGUGUUGAUCGAUCUGUCCAGCACCUCUCACCUGGACAACACUCCUCGGUGGUAUCCACUGAAGGAACAGACCGAGAGCAUUGACCACGGCAAGUCUCACUCCAGUCAAAGCAGCCAGCAGUCCCCAAAGCCCUCUGUCAUCAAAAGCAGAAGCCAUGGUGUCUUCCCUGACCCAUCCAAGGACAUGCAAGUUCCCACCAUUGAGAAAUCCCACAGUAGUCCUGGUAGCUCAAAAUCAUCAUCCGAAGGCCAUCUCCGAUCUCAUGGACCAUCUCGCAGUCAAAGCAAAACCAGUGUCACUCAAACCCACCUGGAAGACGCAGGGGCUGCCAUAGCCGCGGCCGAAGCCGCCGUGCAACAACUCCGCAUUCAACCAACCAAUGGCAACCACGACCAAAGCCAGCUAGCCCUCAGGAAGGUGAUGUCCGAUGGACCAGUCAAGCCAGAAGGAGCCAAGCCCGCCAAUCACCGGCCUGCAGAGAGCUCCGUGUCCACCGGCUCCUCGGGCAGCAGCGUUGGCAGUGGAUACAGCAUGGACAGUGAAGGAAGCAGCUCCGCGCCAGGGGAAACUAAUCUACUUCCUAUCCCAAGGAUAGGAAAGAUGGGACAGAAUGGACAAGACCCUGUGAAGCAGCCAGGAAUGGGAGCGGCAGACACAGAAGCCAAAACUCAAGUAAUGGGAGAAAUCAAGCUAGCCCUGAAAAAGGAAAUGAAGACAGAUGGCGAACAACUAAUAGUUGAAAUUCUCCAGUGCAGAAAUAUUACCUACAAAUUUAAGUCUCCGGAUCACUUACCAGAUUUAUAUGUGAAAAUAUAUGUGAUAAACAUCUCUACUCAAAAGAAGGUUAUCAAGAAGAAGACAAGGGUAUGCAGGCAUGACCGAGAGCCUUCCUUCAACGAAACCUUCAGGUUCAGCCUGAGUCCUGCGGGUCAUUCCCUUCAGAUUUUGCUUUUCUCCAAUGGAGGGAAGUUCAUGAAGAAGACUUUGAUUGGAGAAGCCUGUAUCUGGCUUGACAAAGUGGAUCUGAGGAAGAGAAUAGUGAACUGGCACAAGCUUUUAGUCACGCCUACUCAAACACACUGAAGCUGUGUCUGCUCAGGGUGUGGAAGCGGAGCUCCGUAGCCUCAGAGGGAGACAUGACUCCUAAAGUUCACGUGUUGGAAGCAAACCGAUGAAAACAGGCCCUGGAUUUCUCAAAGCUGUGAAGAGAAGAUGCUUCAGAAGGAGAUUUGACUUUUUGACGUGGCAGUCUUGGAGCAACCUGGGCUGAAGCUAAUGAAGAGGCACACGGGUUUUUCUAUGGCGGUCAGAGGUAGAGUAAAGGCAAUUGUGUGUGCACACAGAAACCUUGUUCCAAAAGACGGGUCGAGUGAAGCUCGAUUUUGAAAAGUACAAAACUCUUUGUCUUAUACUCUCAUAAAACUUCCUGCUUUGGAAUUCUGACCUAAGAUGCAUUUAUGAGCUGUCUACAGGACCAGAAGGUGACUGUGUUUAUGGAGAAAAAGCAGGAGUUGUGACCAAUGGAUUGUAGACUGGACCGUGCAUGUUUUCCCUAUGUCUACAUUAGGAAGCUAUCCAGCGCCAGGUCUGGAUUCUAUACGACAGAAGCACAUCUCCUUUUGGUGUAACUUAAAAUAGUGAAGAGUGAAGAUAAUCGUAGGUUAAAAUUACACUGUAUUUACCUAGAAAUAAAACAAAAACUAGUGACUGGAUAUUAAAAAAGAAUGCUGACCCGCAAAACAUGUACCUUGUUUGAAACCAUUACAAUCUCCAUAACGUUCCACUAAGUCGAGGCACUUUCAGCACAUCAAGGCGUCUAGAUUAAUUGGUGUGUCCUAUGAGGAGGUUUGCUCAUUCAUGAGGAGCUGCCCUACAUGCGUCAUUCUACGUAUUUCCUUCCUCUUGCAUAAUGUAUUGUCAGAGACAUCAAAUUAUUCUGGCAAAAAAAAAUCAUAUUUAUCAUAUGACACUGAUUAAACUGCUGUCACUUUCUAAUUUUUCUGUGGUUUUUCUCUAUACUCAGUAAAAAUAUAAUGAACACCCUGACAAUACCCUCAAGUCCUUUCUCCUGUUCUGCUUUCUUGGUGAUAAUAUCAUCGUGAGAAAGCUAAUGUUGGGAAAGGCUGGGAAGAGUCAAUGUUGGAAAUUAAAAUACAUUUGAUCUAUUUAAUAAUACAGAACCAAACAACCAAUGUGUGCAUCGCCAAAACGAAGCACUCUCUCCCUACCAACCACCAGUGUCAAUAAAUAAAAAGUAGCAUGGAGCCGCGGGACAUGCACUCAGCCGAGGCUGAAGUCCUGGCGUCUGGUUCUGAUUCUGCUACUGACCUUGCACGUUUCCACUUCUCAAAUGCAGAUCAAAUUCACUUCCCCCUAAAUAAUGGUGUUUUCCGAUCCCUCCUAACAGGAUGCCAGGAUGCUCAAAUAAAGAGGCCUAGGAACUAAGAAAGCACAUUCCCAAAUACUGCUUUAAAUACAAAUUGAAAGACAAUUAUUGUGUAGCUUUUUAAUUCACAAAUUUUAUAUGUGAGAAACAACUUCCGACCAAGGAUAAGCAUGAAUAAAAACAGUAAAUUGUUCCAAGACUCAUUUUAUUCAACUUCUACUUAAAUAGACUUCCAUUUAACCUGAAAAAGACAGAAUGUUAAAUAAAAGUUAUUUGUCAUACAAAAUUUUCUGAAGCCACAGCUCUUAUUCCACUACCACAUUCUACCCAAAAUAAACAAAAUUGUUUUUCAAAGUAUUUGAACUAAAAAUUGCUAGUUUAUUUAAGAUGAGGUUUUAUUGGGAUUGUAGGAAAUCAUCUCAAAAAUAUUGGCUGGAUAUUGAAUUUUCUCAUUUUUAGAGAAAAACAUUAAAUUUGAAAGUAAUGCAAGACCCUAGAAGUAAACAUUUCUAGUAUAUGCCAAAUUGUAUAUCUUACGAGUGUAUCAUUAAAAAAAAUACAAGUUCACUUUUCUUUGUCCUAAAAUAGCAACAUUCUCUUUCCCCUAUUUUCUUUCUUCUCCUCUCCCAAUGCAAUACCAUUUACCACUGAUAGUCUUCUAAGUGAACAUGGGAGAUGCAAAUUUUCGAAGAUAGGAUAUUGCUAACAUUUAUUUUUAGAGACUACUAGAUAUAUUGGUGGUUGUCAUGGAUAUUUCCAGCAGACACUCGUACUGGAAACCUCUAACCAGUCACAACUGGGGAAGAAAGGAGUCCAAAAGGAUGUGGGACAUCAAAAGCUCUUCACAGGCAACUGGGGUCCAUCUCUUAACCUGCUCUACAGUCUCUGGUACUCCGAGGGUUUGGUGGAAGGUUAUACAGCCAGAUAGCUCACUAUGUUCUUGUCACAACCACACACUCAGAAGGCCCACCAGAGUAAAUUCAACAGGAGUAGCUCUUACACCUGAAAUAAUGGAAGCCCUUCUAGGGCAGCGGCCCCUCCACUCCAAGGGACUAGCAAUAGGGCUAGAUCAAUGAGAUCAAUCGAGAGUCAACGACAGGACUACUUAUCAUGCACCAGCAUUCCCCUUGAAAAAGGUCCUGCCAGUGUGCCAGUGUGCAGCUGACCGGGCUCCUAGGUUGUAACUGGACUUGUUCUAUGCAACACCAACUCCUACAGGAAUGCACUUGGAGGGAUGCCACUCGCCCUUCUCACCACGGAACUCUUUCUUUUUUAAUUGCAAAUAGGGCUCUUAGUGAUUUUUUUACUUUUUUUGGUAAAUAACACAACACAUGAUUUUCCAUUUUUUUAUUUUAUGUUUUAUUAUUAGAAUUAGCUUUUCUAUCUUAACAGUAAUAAAGUUUAUAAUCUCUAAUCUCUAGGCUAUCAAUCUUCUUGCAGCACUUACACCUUGAGAAGCAUUUAGUUUUCCCUACUGGUCCACUGAGUCGUCAAAGAUGGAAGUCACUUGUUGGUUUAAAGAUGAGUAGUAAAGAAUCUUUCAAUUGGACAAGAAAAAGUACAGAGUGAACUUUUAUAAAAACAGGGAAUUAAAGAAUCAUUGCUACAGAUGAUUACGUGACACUCAUAGCAAGAAGUUGGUGUUUUCUCUGAUUUUACUUAAUAUUAAGAAAAAUUUUGGUGACUCUGAACUUGUUUGAUUAGCAUUUCUGUUUAAAAGAACAAUACUCAACAUUAAGAGAUAGCACUUGCCCUCGAUCCUUAAUACGGUCCAUAUUUUAGUAAUUAAUGAUAGUUAAAUAUACAUCCCCUGCAUAUCUAUGAGGUUGAUUUGGGGAAUCACACACACUAGCAUAAUUGUAUCCUGGGAAAAUUAUAGCUGGUAACCAGCUGAUAUUGAUUUUCAUUAUAGAAUGGCUGUUAUGAUGUUGGUGGUAGCCAUAGUAACAAUAGUGGUGGCAGUGAUGUGAAGUAAAAUAAAUGAUUUGUUACUAUAUUGUGCCCAAUUUAUGAGAAAUGAUUUAACCAAUGCUUCGUUUCAUUAAAAUACCAUAAAGAUGUCUAUAGUAUUUUUUUACUUUAUUAUUUAAAUCAUAACUAACAAUAUUUUUAAAAACUUAUUUUAAUUGCUAUAAUGUCAAAUAGUCCAAAAUUAGCCAACUACAGCAACAUGUGUUUAUAAAUAUAUGUAUGAUGGAAGAGACUUUCCCUCCUUUUGAGUUUGAAAUGAAAGUGAACGCUUGAUAACUCAUCAGGAGCUUUUCCCUGAGUAAUUGUUGGCCUUUAGUGUAACAAGAAUGAAUGAGUGAACCUGACAGUCUCAUGGAAUAUGACAUAUCUACGUUUUCUGUAUGUCUCGUGUGGCUGUUGUUAAAGAUGCACAGUCAACAAAAAUCGUUUAAUCAAGUUCUUUAUCCGAUAGGUAGCCUGAGAGCAUUUUUCUGAAUCUGUUGCCCUGUAUAUAGCUAGACCUCUGAUAACACAGCAGCUGUUGAACUAACCCCAUCCUCUGGAAGUCAGCAUGUGAUUGUGAUUCUCAUUCAACUGUGUCUGUGUUCAGUGAUGUGCUCAGGUGCUCCCAUACUGACCAAUGUGUGUGCUAAUAUCUUACCAAUACGUCUCUUUCAAAGGGUGUUUCUUGUCUAAGUUUAAAGCCUAAUAAAAUUUGUUUCCAAUAAAACACGAAGUACUUGGAGAUGCGUCCCAUUUCUGACCAUGUGUUGCAUGCUUUCUUGGUGAUUUGCUAAUCUCUUUAUUAUUUAUUUGUCUACCUAACGCUCUGAAAAAAUUUUAAUGAACAAAUGCAAAUUCUUGGGCUAUUUAUUGUAUAAAAUGACCUGAAAAUACAUGAGAAUUGUGUAGAACAAAAUGCUUGUAAAUGUGUCUUGAGUUUCACUCUAUGUAAAAACAUGUAUUGGUUUUGUGACCGUACACAAGUUGUAUCUUGAUAACUUAUGAAAACUGUGCUGUAUAAAGGUUGUUGUAUCAGCCUUAUUAAUAAAUAUUGAAACUAUCA